GGCUUCUCCAAGAAUUGAUGGCCACUGACUGCAAGUGCGCUUAGGUUAGGAUGUAAUACUUUCUCGGGAAAAUAUAAAAUAGGCGUUUUUCAUAAGAACUCAGAUUCUCUGUCCAAGUCAUGGCAUCCUCUUUUAAUAGAUUGAACUUGAUCUAUUACAUUGGGUCUCUGUCUUUUAGAAAGCUUCUGGAGGCUGUUGUUUUCGUUUCUAUGCCUUGAUGUAAAUAGAUAUAAUGUCUACCACCGGCAGAAAGAAGUCUUCUUCAUCAGUGAUAAAAUCCUUGGCCAAAUUUUUUGAUCCUAACGCUUUACAGAAUCAACAUGUCUCAUGAAGAGGGACCUUUUUCUACUGUCUUUAUCAAGCAAAAAAAUUUCUGCUCUCCUGAAAAUAGUUGUGUGUUGGACCUGAAGGCGGCUUCCUUCAAUCAGGAAAUUUAUGCAUUGCUGACAACGUUCUCCAGAGGUUAGAUUGUGCUUCCCAAGAAAUCUGAUCUAUGGAAAGGAAUAUUGAACUCUUAAAGGAAAAUGGAAGAAAUUGGCAAGGCUGCCACAGCAAAAAAGUUAAUGAUGUCUGAUAUGAAGCUGGUAUGCACACACGUUAAAAAGAAGUUCUCUGAGAUGGCGAAGAAUGAUGACCAACAUAAACCAAGAUUAGAAGAAGUUGAACAAGUGAUCCUAGAAGUUCAGCAACAUGUUGGUUCUUUGGAAGGGGAAUUAAAGACUUUUACACUCACUGAUCCAAUAUGCAGGAAAGAAGCUCCUUAUAAUGUCCUCAGAGUUGGUGAUAGUUUGAAAAAAGAUAAGUCAGAAAGUUGUUUCAGAAUGCAGAUGUUCUCAGAUAAAAAGGAAACAUCGUUCAACAAAUGGAAUGAAAAGGAAAAGUCGUAUCUUACUGCAAAGGGAACAAAAUCUAUAAAAAAGAAAAAAAUGCCCGAUUCCUCAGUUCUAGAUGGAUCUGAUGAGAAGUCAGAAUCACAUUCUCAUACAGAAAAGGUCCAUAAACUCAACAAGGAGAAUACAGGGAAGCCAAACACAUUUCUUGUUCAGAGAAAUUCCCCCAAAUCUUGUGAGUCUAAAGAGUGUGCAGAGAGACGUCAUAGCAUCAGUUGGAAAAGUUCUCUGCAGAAGACCUCAGGAAAGAGUCCAGUGGAAGUGAAUGCAAAUGAAGCCAACCAAAGUCAAAAUAACCCAGAUGCAGAAGGUGAUGAUCCAGGACUUGUGAAGAAGCAUGGUGGAUCUCAAGGAAGUCUAGGAAAUGUGGUAGAAGAUGACAAAAGAAAAGAUAUUACCAGGGAUGAAAAAGCAGGAGUAUCAGAAAAAAGAUCUCAAAGAAAAAAAUCGAUAGAAGAUGCAGAUAUCAAGCAUAAAGGAAAUGAAAAAGCUUCAUUCUUUCUGAAAGAUGAGCAAGCCAGCAGCAGCAAGCGUCGCGUAAACGAGGGAAGUUUUCUCAAAGAUGUCAACAAAAAGAGCAGAGUGUUUGUAGUGAAGGCCAGCGGUGGACUUAAACCAAAAGAAGCAGCUAAGCCAAAAACAACAGAACUUGUCUUACCUGGAAAAACAGUUGCAUCUAAAUCAACAGCUGCCAACAAGAACAAAGUGAAGCAAGAAGCUUCAAAGGGAGAUAAUUUUAUAAUUGAUAACAUACCGUCAACGCCUGCUCCUUUUGACCACAAGAUGAUCAAAGCAAAAGGAGCUGGGAUUGGUAGCUUUUAUCAAAUCUUCAAGAACGAACUUUUGGGAGGUGGACGAUUUGGCCAGGUGCAUAAAUGUGAAGAAAAGGAGACAGGUCUCAAAUUAGCAGCCAAAAUUAUAAAAGCCAGGAGCUUAAAGGAAAAAGAUGAAGUGAAGAAUGAGAUUAAUAUCAUGAAUCAAUUGACUCACAUGAACAUCAUUCAGCUGUAUGAUGCUUUUGAAUCAAAAAAUGAUGUUGUCCUUAUUAUGGAAUAUGUGGAAGGAGGAGAACUGUUUGAUCGGAUUCUUGAUGAGAACUCCAACUUGACAGAGAUGGAUGCCAUCUUAUUCAUAAAGCAAAUCUGUGAAGGGAUUCAGCACAUGCAUCAAAUGUAUAUUCUCCAUUUGGACUUGAAGCCUGAGAAUAUCUUGUGUGUGAAUAGAGAGGAAUAUCAAAUAAAGAUUAUUGACUUUGGGCUGGCAAGAAGAUACAAACCAAGGGAAAAACUUAAGGUCAACUUUGGCACUCCAGAAUUUCUUGCUCCUGAAGUUGUGAACUAUGAUUUUGUUUCUUUUCCUACUGAUAUGUGGAGUAUUGGUGUCAUUGCCUACAUGUUGAUUACUGGAUUAUCUCCUUUUCUGGGUGAUGAUGAUAAUGAGACUUUGAAUAACAUCCUGGCUUGUAGCUGGGACUUUGAAGAUGAAGAAUUUAAAAAUGUAUCUGAAGAAGCCAAAGAUUUCAUCUCUAAGCUUCUUAUCAAAGAAAAAUGCUGGAGAAUAAGUGCAGGUGCAGCUUUAAAACAUCCUUGGUUGUCCAACCAAACACUCCAUUGCAAACUGGAAGCUAAGAAGAAGAAGAAGAAAUGUUCUUCUCCAUUUUAAGCACCUGUGGUUCCAUAACAUCUCUCAGAACUGAAAGGAGAAGCUGCUGUGUAAUCAUUGUUUUUGUGAUGUUUGGAAACACAGAUGAGUUGUUCUGAGGCUUCACCUUCCUCUCCUACUCCCCGAGAUGACUUGAGGUUUUUACUAAGUGGACCAACAACCACUUGAGCUGCAGGAUUUACAUCCCAGUAGUGCUGUGCUACUUUCUUCUUCCCCUGCUUUCUUUCAAGUCUUCAGUGUCAAUUGGUAUUUCCAGGAAAGAAUCCCAUUUGAAGACAGUACUGAUUUAUGCUUGAGAUUAGUAUCUUUGCUUACAGUCAGCGUGAUAUUUCUGGUGUUUCCAGAAGUUUCAGCUUUUGAAAGUACGGCGAGAUGAUCAGAUUCCUGCUUAGCUCAGCAACAGAGGUUGACUUUGAUUUUGUGAUGGCUGCUUUCAGAACUACUGCAUUGAAAAAUGUGCUGUUAGAAAACAAUUGUUAAAAUUAUGUGUGAUGUGUAAUGGUUCAGAGAAGGUGGUCUCCCUUUUUCCUGCAAACACAGAAUGACUCUGCUAUUGUCAUGCAUGAACGACAUGAUAAGAUGUUUCCUGGAAUGUGUUCUCCACGCCUGCUGCUAACAUAUAGUAAUAUUCUAAUAUUAUUUAAAGAGGGAACUUUGGAAAAAGUUGGAUUUGGCAAGGAUGGGUCUCGAAUGCAGGUUUUUCUUUCAUUUUGUUUGAAUUUGCUAGCGAAUUGUAACUCUUCUUCAUAGCCUUUGAAUGUUUCUAGUGUAUUUAAAAUUGCCAUAGGUUAAGAAACAAAUGGAAUCUCCUAGUUUCUGAAAGCUGGUGCAGUGAAGGGUUACAAAUGGGAGCUGUGAAUAGCUAGAAACUCCCCUGGUGAUCUUAGGCAACAAGCUGUGUCUCAGCUUUAGCUCCCUGGGUGUUUGCAGAGGGGGUUGUGGGGUGGGGUGGAGAAGUUGGGUGGAGUGGGGUGGGCAAAGGGAAUUAAAGAUGUCAUAUGCUUCAUGAUAUAAUCAUGCAAGUGAAAGAACAUGAUCUGUAUGCUUUGUGAAAUGACAUCAUGCUGCAUAUGACAUAUUGUUGCAUGCACUGGAUGUCUCUGCUCAGCCCAUCAUCUCAACAUUAUACUAGCUUACAAACCCAGGUUGUGCCUGCAGACAGCUGAGUCUCAACACAAGAAACAUUUUAUGGACAAUAAAUAAUAGGCAAACACAAUUAAUUAUACUAGAAUUUUGUCAAGGGAUCGGUAAACUAAAUAGUGAAGAAUUAGUGGCACAGGGAUAUAAUUGUCAGUGGUUCUCUUAUUUACAAUUAUUAGAAAGAGUUCAAGUAGACAAAAUAAUUUAUCGUUUUGGACAUGGUAAGACUGAGCCUGAAACAGAACUGUACCAAAAUUAGUUUAGUAAGGCAAUUGUUAAAACAUGUAAGUGUUUAUUGACAUUUGAAACAGGCAAAUGGUAAAGUGGGCAAAAAUGUUGGAUAUAAUACACAGAUAGAAUAAUGGGGAAAUAUGUUGCUGAAAGGUUUGAAAUUUACCUUAUGUUAUAAUCUUAAAAUGAAUUUUUAUAAAAUGAUGUACCAUAAGUAUAUGUACCAUUGAGAUAUCUAUCUAUCUAUCUAUCUAUCUAUCUAUCUAUCUAUCUAUCUAUCUUUCAAAUUUAUGUUGGAAGCAUGAACAACAAGAGGGGACAUUUUAUCAUGUUUAGUGGACGUGUAAAAAAGCUAGAAAAUUCUGGAUCCAAAUCUAUACAUUGAUUCAGCGGAUUUUCAAGAUUAAUAUACAAUUGAAACCAGAGGAGUUUUUUGAGAGGGAUUGAUGGACAAAAGUUAUGGAAUGUUGUUGUUGUACAGUACAAUUGCAGUAAGAUUAUUGUAUGCACAAAAAUGGAAAUAUAUGGCAUUAUCCCAAUGGAAAGAUAGUUGAUGAAAACGAUGGAACUUGCCAAGAUGGCUAAAUCGACUUCUUUGAUCAGGCAAAGUAUCUAUGUUUGUUGCUAACUUUAUAGAAUUUUUUGUGUAAAACCGAAAAAAAAUGAGCUUAUGAUUUAUGGCUUGAAUGAUUAGACAGAAUGGAUUACAGAGAGGAGACAGUUAUAUUGUAAUCAUACAGAAAGAGGUAGAUUGAUCAUUGUACUUGUAACUGCUGUAAAGAAGAUUGGAAGCUAUUCUUUGUAUGUUUUUUUCUUUCUUUUUUAUUUUUGUUUUUCCCUUUUUUCCCUUUCUUGCAGUUUAACUUUUUCUUCAAUUUAUUUCUUUUUCUUUUCUUUAUCUUACUUUAUAGCAGUUUGUAUUUAUUUUCAUUUUCCUUUUUAAAAAAUCUUUAAUAAAAUUAUAAUAUUACCACAGCUACAUCUGGUCUACCAGCUUAGUUGUAAAGAUAGAUGAAAUAAGAUACUAGAAAUUGUAUGCUAUAAAUACAUACAUGCACUCCCAUCUACAUGUGGGUUUUUCUCUAUAAACAAUGCAGGUUAACAAACCUGCAAAUAACAAAAAAAAGAUCAUCUGUAGAAACAAAGAAAAAACCCCAAAUAUCAAAUAGAUCUAACAUUAAUUUGUUUUCUUUUUUUCUGUUCUGUAUUUUAUCUUUGGUGAUAAAAGAAAAAUAAACGUGCUUUAAAAAAACUGUGCAGGAUCAAUUAUCAGUGAGUGGGGAUUUAUAUUAGCUCCAUUACUAAACAAUUCCCUCCAAAUAUACACUGGCUAAGGAAUUAAAAUAUUAUGAAUUUGGUAGUUUGGAUAAGUUGUGAGAGAUCAGCAUCUAUUUUACUAAAUAGCAAAAAAGAAAAAAAUUCUCAGGGCAGUUUCUUGGGAAAAAUGUUUUAUUUCCUUGAGGCUGAUUAUUUCUUUAUCCAACUUCAUAAGACCUUUGGCUGUAGAAAAAUAAUCUCUGCGGAAAUAGAUUUAUAAAUGGUUUUGCAUCACAUAAUGUGCCAGAAGAUAAGGAGAAAGUAAAUAUAUGCUAUGAGUCAAGGGAAUGUCUGCUAAGAGAUCCUGCAAAUCCAAUCCUUACCUGUUCAGUUAAUAAAUGGACACCAACUUGGUUGGAGUGUGUGUGUUCAUUUAAAGAAAUAAAAUUAAGAAACAUUACAUUUCUAUUUCUACCAUAAA